AUGUUACGACGAAGGCAAAUUCACCAUCCAAUAAUUCCUGAUAUUUUUAAAAAGAAGGCUGUCGACGAGUUGCAGGAGAGACCAAAACAACUAUCCCAACAGUUGGAAAAUUUUAGACUAUGGUACUUUGCGACCCCGUCUUUGCGUUGCCCUAUUGAUGACACGUUUCUACUAGCCUUUCUGAGGUACACCCACUUCGACCAAAGGAAAGCAGCUGAACGCUUAAAUAACUUCUGCCUCUUCCGAACUUACUUAGCACCGCAGUGGUUUCAGUACAGAAACUACGGUAGUGAAUUGACCAAUAGUUUUUUGACCUCCAGUAUGUAUGACUGUGAUGAGCAGCACGUGACCCCAAUCACCUGA